CACUGGGUGCUCGAUGAGAUCAACGCAGCUGAGAGCGAGCUCAAUGAGUAGUUGCGCUCAAAUUCGACGGCAGUACAAUGUAGAAUUAUUGUUUACUGCAUUAUUAUUGAAUUUAUUGUCUGCAGCCUUUCCGCUUGGUUUAAUAUUAGCCCGUAGAGUCGUUAAUAAAACCCAAAUCCACAACAAUGAACGUCUGUGCCGUGUUAUUGCUGCUGGGAGUGAGCCUGACGGAAAAUAUAAAGGUACGGGCGUCCAGCGUGGAGUUGUUCCGCGACCACUUCGCCGGGGAGCAGUUGAACCGGGAGAAGUGGAACGCCGCCGACCGGCGCAGCGCCGUCAAUGAAGAGCUGGAGUACUACUCGCCGGCUAAUCUGCAAGUCGCCAACGGCAGCCUGGCCCUCGUCGCCAAGCAGGAGCGCCGGGGCGGGGCCAACUACACUUCCGGUCGCGUCGACACCAAGGGACUCUUUGAUUUCACUUAUGGCAAUGUCGAAAUCCGCGCCAAAUUACCCAAAGGUAAAGGCCUGUGGGCUAGUCUAUGGCUGGAGCACUACCAGUGCGCGGCGGCGGUACCCUGCACGCAGUGGCCGCCGGCCAUCAGCAUCCUGGACUUCCGCGGCGACCAGACGCACACAAUUCCCGCCACGCUGUACUACAAGGACGCCGCCGACCACGUCCAGUCCAGCGGCAAGGUCCUCAACGCCGCCGACGACCUCAGCGACGACUUCCACGUGUACCGGCUGCAGUGGAGCCCCAACAAACUGGCCUGGUCGGUGGACGGCCAACCGGCCUUCUUCGUCAUCGACGACCCGCAGAAAAUCCCUGCCCAACGCCUGCAGCUGGUGAUGAACGUGGCGGUGGGCGGGAUGUUCCCCGGAUCACCGGACGACACCACCGAGUUCCCCGCGGCCAUGCUCGUCGACUACGUAAAGGUCACGCGGGAGGACAGUUCUUCGGCGGGUCAUACAAUCAGAAACUCGUUUAUCUUUGCAUGGAUUUGUGUAUUUAUUCUUACUAAAGUUGUAUAAGCCGGAAGGAUAAAUAAAAGCGCACACUUGUUAUGGAUUUUCGCGAGGGGCGGAGCAAAGUGUACAAAAAAGAAUUACAAUAAAAUACGUAUUAUUUCGCGGCAUGACGGCGCAUGAUUAUUAUCUGUGUACUGCAUCGGCAUUCCGAUAUU